AUGGAGGUUUUCCCCACCGCUUUGACGCAUGGUUCCCAGGUUUCCCAAAUGUGCCUGCAAGUAGAGGGAGAAGAAAUUAUGCCCGAGGAAUUUCAUCGCACGCCCGGAUGGCUGCACAACGGUGGGCACACGAGCCGAACACGCCUGCAUGCAACGCAGGAUCUCAAGGAACUCGCCAUCGGGCUCUACCGCAACGGCAGUGAGCAACUCCAGAAGGGUAUUGCUAUUGACUUCUCCCAAGGACAAGGUCCUACCUGGGAGUGGGCAAAUACCCUGAAGGAGAAGAUGAGGGCCAACCUUGAGAUCGCCCUGGACAGGCUCGACUUUCUAGAAACGAUGGUGAUGAUUCAGCACCUCGGUGAGGAUCUGCCCUGGCAUGCAGGCGUGGCCCGGCGCCAGGCCAAACCAAAGCGGCGGCGGUGGGAAAAGAAAGACCGGAAAGACGCCGACAAUAGAGGUGACGGCCCCUCGUGGCUAAAGAGGGCCAUCAACGGCGUCGGAAUGACCAACCAGCUGGCGCACAUCAUCCUGGAGGAGAUCGUGGAUGGCUGUCCCGAGGUGCUGUUCAGCGACAUUGCUGGCCAGAAAGAGGGCAAGCAGCUCCACACUGGGAGUGAAGAGCGGAUUCUCGUAAUGGGUGCCACAAGCAGUUCUCAAGAGUUGGAUGAUGCUGCGCUAAGGCAUUAUAAGGAGCGGGUGUAUGCCACACGUCUGGACGCGAACAUGCGGAUGGUACUCCUUGAAAAGCUGCUCAGUAAGCACAAUAGCCCGCUGUCUCUAGGCGAGUUCAAGUACUUGGGCAGGUCCUCGAUGUGUUGA